CAACCGUGUUGGUAGGUUUUACGUACGUCUUCCACGUAAACAACACGUUUUACUUCCGAGAACUGGUAUUGUUCAAAUUUUGGACUACCAUUUUCAUGGCGAGGAUUUACGAAAUUUGGAUCAUCAGGUUGAUCAACGGCAUAAUCAAAUUCGACAGAAGACUCGGCGGACUCUCUCUGACGAUAUCGGGAAAUCCCAUGGCACGUUCGACGACGACGACGACGACAAAAUACGGUUGGAAUACAUUUUUGGCAGCGUUACUAGCGUCGUACAUCGGUCUGCAAAUAUUUUCAAUGUGGCUGUGGCCUCCGGCAAGGCUGGACUUCGGCACCGUGGUGAAAUAUUUUUUCGAAAUCCCUUGCGUGACGGAGUUCGUGGUUUUCGCCACGGGGUACUUCUAUCUCCACAACUUAGGGUCGAGAUUCGACACGCUGAAUCGUUUCUGCGAGCAGUUGCCCGCCGGACUUGUCGCCGCCGCCGGCACGUGGACCCAAUCCGAAAUCACCGAGGCGAUGGACAGAGUACGGUUGCUGCACUCCGAACUGUGCGACCUGUUGCGCGUCUUCGGCUUCGGCUACGGCGGGGUGCUGUUGUGCUAUUUAAUGUUUAAUUUCUUCGAUCUCCUGCGGAAUUUUUACUACUUAAUACACGUGUCCAGAUAUGAUUCUUCGUCCAGUGCGAGUUCUUACAAUAACACUCUAAACGUCAUACUAACCGUUGCGUUCUGUUUACAAAACGUCGUCUUCGUAGUGUGCCUGCUAAUUACCGUGGCUUGGAUAAACGAAAAGAAAAUUGAAAUAAUUUCAUUUCUAAGAUUAAUACAUAUUUCAAAACUACCGAUCGACACGAAGUUCCAAGUUAAAAUGUUUAUGAAUCAAUUAUCAAUUUUUGAUUGGGAUGAAUUUUCAACUUUUGGAUUUUUUCACAUCAAUUUGAGACUUAUAAUGUCAAUUUGUAUAUUACUCACGACAACGUUAGCCACGUCGGUACAAAUGAAAGAACACCCAUACGUGGUCAGAUUUAACAACGCGUACCAUUCAUAUUUACAAUUCGAGUACAAAAUGAGUUAGGUCUUAACCAUAUAGCAUAUUAUUUGGCUUACACCAGAUUCUUCUUAUACACAUAUUAUUUUAAUUUGUUCAAAUAUUUUAAAUCAUAUUCCUAUUGAAACAUUAUAAGGCAUGUACUCGUGUUUUUUUCGAUAUUGAUACGUCAUAUAUCACAUAGAUUAAUUUAUUGAUUAUUAAUACUGUAAAGAUUUAAUAUACCUACAUACGCAU